AUGCUUGCACUUCUUGGAUGUACACAAGCAGCACAAAGACGUAAUAGCAACGUUAAUGAGAAGAUUAUCGGAGCUAAAAACAUAGUUAAGCGUCAAGUAGAGAUCGCCUGUGGGAAGAACGAACACUGUGCAACAUGGCAAAAGAAAGGCUUCUGCGAAAACACUUUCUAUUCACUCGAGUUCAGAAAAAAAUGGUGUGGAGUUCCAUGCGGACUAUGCGAAAGUGAUGAAAAUGAUAUUUAA